AUGGAGGAGGAUUAUCAGUACCAUGGGUUUAAAGGCUCCGGCGAGUUACCUUGCUCGGAAGAGACAAAGAAGAUGCUUGCCCGUGUUUCAUCGGAUGAUCACCGCAUCCACGUCUGCGACUUGUGCAAUAAAAAGUUUUCCUCCGGAAAGGCUCUCAGUGGUCACCGGCGGAUUCACUCUCAUCACCCUUCUGAUCACCCCAAUAAGAAGAUCAAGAAUCAGGUACAUGCUUCUUCUUCUUCUUCUUCUUCUUCUUCAGUGGAAGGUCUAAAUUAUGGCGACGGCGAAUACCAAUGCUCUUGUUGUGCCAAGAAAUUCUCGUCCGUCAAGUCCUUGUCCGGACACAUGAGGUACCAUCCAGAUAGGAACUGGAAGGGAAUUCGGCCUCCUCAACUUCUACUUGCACCCCCACGCUCCUCCCCUCCGCCCACCCGCCCAUCUCCCGCUACCACGUCGGUGCCGUCGAGCUUGGCUCCUAUAUCUCCCCAAGAAGAAGAAGGAGAUGAUAAGGACUUGGACCCUCUAACAGCCCACGAAGAGGAGGAAGAAAAAGAGGACGGUGAUCAUAUUUCUUCACCCACAGCAACUAUGGGACCAGCCUUGCCCAAAUGGUCCAAGACCGGCAUGAGAGGCAGAAAAAGUCUAGUAAUUGGUCCGCCUGAAGUUAAGCCCGACAACAGUACUCUAUUGACUCGUCUUCUUUGCCCAACUCUUCAGGCUGCUGAUAAUCUAAUGUCCCUAGUUCGAAGGACUUACCAAGAUGGUCUACAUGUCGACCAAAUUGAUGGCAUAAAGGUUGGGUUUGAUCAAGAAUCCUUGGAUGUCAAACAUGAAGGAGGAAUUCUCAAUCACAACAUGGAGACGAAUGAGAAGAUGAAUUGGAAGCCAAGAGAGAGUGCAGUUGAGGCACAAAUUGAGAAAAAGAUAAAAAAGAUAUUCAAAUGCAGCACUUGUAGUAAAAGCUUCUCAACUUUUCAGGCAUUGGGAGGGCAUAGAUCCAGCCAUCACAAAGAUAAGACCAGCACUCCGACUCGCAUGGUCCAGGUUAAAGAAACAAGAGAAUUUCGAGAGCACCAGUGCAACGUAUGCUCCAAGACAUUCCCAACAGGUCAAGCUCUAGGAGGCCACAAGAAGCGCCACCGGGGAGGGCCAUUACCCGGUGAAGUCGUGGUGGAUGACAGCCAGACUGCCGGUGCUAUAGUGCCGUUGCCGUUGCCGGAAGAAGCAACUGAGACUGAUGCCAAAGUGGAGGAAUUAGCAACCAAGACUAGUGUUGCCAAAGUGUUGGACUUCGAUCUCAACUGCCCUUACGUUAUGGAGGAGGAGGAGGAGGAUUAAGCAUGAAGUUGCUGCUUGGUUUAGAUUAGUUAGUUUUUC